AUGAUUUUGUCAGAGUUUGAAAUCAACUUUGUCCCGCAAAAAAAAGCAAUAAAAGGACAAGCAUUGGUUGAUUUUCUGGCAGCGCACCCAAUUCUAGACAAUAUGGAGAUGUAUGAAGAUCUUCCAGACGAGGAGGUUUCCACAAUUGAAACCUCAUCUUGGCAACUUUACUUUGAUGGGGCAGCAAAGAAGUGUGCGGCAGGUUCUGGCAUUGUCUUUGUGACACCUUCUAGAGGGCUGAUACCUUACUUUUUUCACAUUUUGGCUAUAUGUACCAAUAAUGUAGCAGAAUAUGAAGCGUUAAUAAUCGGUCUUGAAAUUGCACUUGUAAUGCAAAUGCAAUCAUUGGAGGUAUAUGGUGAUUCUCUUUUGAUUACCAAACAAAUUAAUGGUGAAUUUGUAGUCAAGCAUGAGGCUUUCAUUCCUUAUCGUGAGAAGGCUAAGCAUUUGAUUGCUCAAUUCCAAAUUAUCACGUUAAAUCAUGUCCCUAGGUCAAAAAUGGCAAAGCUGAUGCUUUAG